GCGUGCGCGCCGCCGCUCUCUCCCCUCAGCAGCGCGGCGGUAGCGGGCGCAGCGCGGGCGGCGGGGCCGGUAGUCGGCUGAGGCGGCCAUUCCUACAGCGGCAGCGCGGCGCGCUAAGUUCCUCCCCCCGCCCCUCCUCCCGGUUCCCCCGGGCCACUCACGAGAUGCCCUCGGCUACCAACAGCACUAUGGCGAGCAGCAGCAGCGGGAAAGCGGGCCCGGGCGGUGAGGCAGCCCCGGCGGCGGCAGCGGCGGCCGCCCCGCAGGCAUCGGGCGGCAGCAUCACCUCGGUGCAAACCGAGGCCAUGAAGCAGAUCCUGGGCGUGAUCGACAAAAAGCUGCGCAACCUGGAAAAGAAAAAGAGCAAACUUGAUGAUUACCAGGAACGAAUGAACAAAGGAGAACGUCUGAAUCAAGAUCAACUGGAUGCGGUGUCAAAAUACCAGGAAGUGACAAAUAAUCUGGAAUUUGCUAAAGAACUGCAGAGGAGUUUUAUGGCUCUGAGCCAAGAUAUCCAGAAAACAAUUAAAAAGACAGCUCGCAGGGAGCAACUGAUGAGAGAAGAAGCUGAGCAGAAGCGUUUAAAGACUGUGCUAGAGCUACAGUUUAUUUUGGACAAGUUGGGUGAUGACGAAGUGCGCAACGACUUGAAACAAGGAUCAAAUGGAGUGCCAGUACUGACAGAGGAGGAACUGACAAUGCUGGAUGAGUUUUACAAGCUAGUUUACCCCGAACGAGACAUGAACAUGAGGUUGAAUGAGCAGUAUGAGCAAGCAUCUGUUCACCUGUGGGACUUACUGGAAGGGAAGGAGAAACCAGUUUGUGGAACAACCUAUAAAGCACUAAAGGAGAUUGUUGAACGUAUUCUUCAAACUAGUUACUUCGAUAGCACCCAUAACCAUCAGAAUGGAUUAUGUGAGGAAGAAGAGGCAGCACCCGCACCUGCAGUAGAAGACACUGUAGCAGAAGCUGAACCUGAUCCAGCGGAAGAAUUUACUGAACCAACUGAAGUUGAAUCAACUGAGUAUGUAAACAGACAAUUCAUGGCAGAGACUCAGUUCAGCAGUAGUGAGAAGGAACAGGUAGAUGAGUGGACAGUUGAAACGGUUGAGGUUGUAAACUCGCUGCAGCAACAGACACAAGCUACAUCUCCUCCGGUUCCUGAACCUCACACGCUCACUACUGUGGCUCAAGCAGAUCCUCUUGUUAGAAGACAGCGAGUACAGGACCUUAUGGCGCAGAUGCAGGGCCCAUAUAACUUCAUGCAGGACUCUAUGCUGGAGUUUGAGAACCAAACACUCGAUCCUGCCAUUGUGUCUGCGCAGCCCAUGAAUCCAGCACAGAAUUUGGACAUGCCACAAAUGGUUUGCCCUCCAGUUCAUGCUGAGUCAAGACUUGCCCAGCCUAAUCAAGUUCCUGUGCAACCAGAAGCUACACAGGUUCCCUUGGUUUCUUCUACAAGUGAGGGAUAUACAGCCUCCCAACCCAUGUAUCAGCCUUCUCACACAACAGAGCAACGGCCACAGAAAGAAUCAAUUGACCAGAUUCAGGCUUCAAUGUCACUGAAUGCAGACCAGACCCCGUCAUCGUCAUCACUUCCCACUGCAUCCCAGCCGCAGGUGUUCCAGGCUGGAUCUAGCAAACCUUUGCAUAGCAGCGGAAUCAAUGUUAAUGCAGCUCCAUUCCAAUCCAUGCAAACAGUAUUCAACAUGAAUGCACCUGUUCCUCCUGUUAAUGAGCCAGAAACCCUUAAGCAGCAAAAUCAGUACCAGGCCAGUUACAACCAGAGUUUCUCCAAUCAGCCUCACCAAGUAGAACAAUCAGAUCUUCAGCAAGAACAACUCCAGACAGUGGUUGGUACUUACCAUGGUUCCCCGGACCAGACCCAUCAAGUUGCAGGUAACCACCAGCAACCUCCUCAACAGAAUACUGGAUUUCCACGUAACAGUCAGCCUUAUUAUAACAGUCGAGGAGUGUCUCGUGGUGGAUCACGUGGGGCUCGUGGCUUAAUGAAUGGUUACAGGGGACCGGCAAAUGGAUUUAGAGGAGGAUAUGAUGGCUACCGUCCUUCCUUUUCCAACACUCCAAACAGCGGUUACACGCAGCCCCAAUUUAAUGCUCCUCGGGAUUAUUCAAACUACCAGCGGGAUGGAUAUCAACAGAAUUUCAAACGUGGCUCUGGACAAAGUGGACCUCGGGGAGCUCCUAGAGGUCGUGGAGGGCCCCCAAGACCAAACAGAGGGAUGCCUCAAAUGAAUGCUCAGCAAGUGAAUUAAAGAAAUUCACAGGAUUACAUUAAACGCCAAAAACACACUGGCCAGUGUACUAUACAUGUUACCAGAAGAGUUAUUAUCUAUUUGUUCUCCCUUACAGGAAGUUUGUUGUAAAGGGACUAUUUUCAUUACCCAUAAUGACAGGACUACAGUUGCCAGCUUUAUAUUACCUGGAUAUGGAAAGGAACGAAACAACGUUUACUCUGCAUGUUCUGUCCUAAGCAUCAUCUUGAGCCUUGCACAUGAGAUUCAGAUUCCUCACCCUUGCUAAGAGUAAAGCAAAAAAGGCAAUUUUCAGGGUGAUCCCAUCUCCAUGGUUAACUGAAGUGGCAGGAAAAAACAAAGACUCACUUCUGACAUUUAAAAGUGACGUAACAAAUUUGGAUAAAAUCUGCAAAUUCAUAAAGAUUUACUGUGGUGGCAGUUGACAAAACUUAAUGUUCCCAUGAAAGGAUGGAAAAGGUGAAGUGUGGCUUGGUAGAGCAACUGCAUUUCAGCUUUUUCUUGUUAAAUUGAAGCACUGAACAGUUAAAGAUGCGUAGUGAUGCAUAUUUCCCUAAAUAGACAAAUAGGCUUUUAGCCGGUUUUUGACAAAGAAGAAGCACCCUUAGCUACAGCACUCCUCAUCGCCAGGGCCCUGUUUACUGUGGCUAAGGAUUUAAGAUCGCUUGCAUAACUGCUAAUGUACUUGUGUAAUUUUUAUUAUUUUUUUUAAAGAAGAAAGAAAAAAAAGCUUUGAUUUGGCACUUCAACAAAAUUUUGCAACAAAUGUGAGAUAUGAUCUGGAUGGCCACGGUAUAUUUGAUGUGAAGUAUUUAGAUAUCUCUUUGAAACACUUUUAAGUUUCUUUGAUAGCAAUGACUUUUGUAAGGAUUGGUAUUCUCUAUCAUUCCUUAUGACUUGCACAUUGUCUGUCACUAAUACUUGACCUUGCUGUAUUAUCACCUAAAUAACUGAUGCCGGUACUGAUGGAAAUCUCUAAUGGAUAAUCAUAACACUUUUGGUCACAUGUCCUUUUGUCUUUCCUGCAGCCUUGAAGGUUUUAAGAAAUCUCAAAUGCCCGCUGCUGCUGCCCUUUUAAUUGCUAUCUUUUGAAAAGCACCAGUAUGUGUUUGAAUUGAUUUCCCCUUUUAAGGGAAAUGACAGCCAGCAGUUACAGUUCUAAUGGUAUAAGUAAGACAAAUAAAACAUGUUUAUAAAAAUUG